UGAUGACAUAUCAGUCAGAGCAAAAACCAAAUUACAACCAUAGCCCAAUACGCAUCUCCGCUGCGUUGAAGAUGCUGACUGUGCAUCUAAUAAGCUAUUGAAUUUAAAUCGAGCCACAGUCUCUUCCUGUCACAAGUAGUCGUGCGCGCAUCUAGUGGCGACAAGUCGCAAAGACGCCAACGACCAGCUAGGCGACGACAUUAUUUUUUUUUUGCCUUUCCUUCUCUUGGUCUAUCGUACUAGGCUCGCGACACGCUCUUGUCGUCAUGGGAGUCCCUGCAUUCUUUAGAUGGCUCUCUGCCAAAUAUCCAAAGAUCAUCGCGCCCGUUGUGGAGGAAUUACCUACAACUGUAGACGGCGUGGAGAUACCCGCCGACACUACUCGUCCGAACCCAAAUGGCGAGGAGUUUGACAACUUGUACUUGGAUAUGAAUGGUAUUGUGCAUCCUUGUUCGCAUCCAGAGGAUAGAGAGCCCCCUAAAAACGAGGAGGAAAUGAUGGCUGCAGUGUUUGAAUACACCAACCGUGUCGUCAACAUGGUGCGGCCGAGGAAGCUGUUAUAUAUGGCUGUUGAUGGCGUAGCACCUCGCGCAAAAAUGAACCAACAACGAGCUCGUCGCUUCCGAGCCGCACAAGAGAAACAGGAGGCCGAUGAGAAAAAGGAGGAAUUUCGCCAACUGAUGCUAGGUUCGCAGAGAGCAGAAGCAACCGACGGCGAAGAAACAGACGAGCCUAAGAAAACUUGGGACAGUAAUGUCAUUACUCCAGGCACCCCAUUUAUGCGUCUUCUAGCUCAAAGCCUUCGUUAUUGGGUUGCUUAUAAGCUCAACACAGAUCCCAUGUGGGCUAAUUUGAAGGUCAUAAUUUCAGAUGCAACCGUUCCUGGCGAAGGCGAGCACAAGAUUAUGGAAUUCAUUCGUUCGCAAAGACGUUCGCAAGAGUUUGACCCAAAUACACGCCACGUCAUAUAUGGUCUCGAUGCCGAUCUGAUUAUGUUGGCUCUUUCUACGCAUGAACCUCAUUUUCGUGUUUUGCGAGAAGACGUCUUCUUCCAAGGGGGUCAGCAAAGACCUUGCAAAAUCUGUGGCCAGAAUGGUCACCGUGAGCAACAUUGCCGUGGUGAAGCGAAGAAGAAGGACGGUGAGGUUGAUGAGAAAGCUCGAGCACCUGUGCUGAAGCCUUUCCUUUGGCUUAAGGUCAAUGUUCUGCGAGAGUAUCUUGCCGAGGAGCUGACCGUUCCUCAUCAACCCUUCCGUUUUGACCUUGAACGUGCGAUUGACGAUUGGGUUGCGCUUUGCUUUUUCGUCGGGAACGAUUUCCUUCCUCACCUUCCAAGUCUCGCCAUUCGCGAAGAAGGCAUUGAUAUUCUUGUUGCUGCCUGGCGUGACAAUCUACCGCUAAUGGGAGGGUACAUGACUAAAGAUGGUACUGUCGAACUUUCCCGACUGCAGUUGAUUUUACAGGCCUUGGCUAAACAAGAGGAUGCUAUUUUCAAGAAACGAAAGCAAAUUGAAGACAAGCGAGAGGCAAAUGCCAAACGGCGAAAAUUGCAGGAAGAGCAGCGUAAUGCAAAUGGCUCUAACGACAGUACACCGACGAACCAGCAUCGUGUUCGCCGCGGUGUUCAAGAAGACCACAGCAGCUAUCCUACAUUCGAUCCCGCAGGAGCUGGCUGGAGUGUGCGCCAAAUCACUCAUGACAUGAUGGUUAACAAGAAAGCAUCUUUUCAAGCACAAAUCGCAGACACUGCAACUGCGAAUAAAAGUGCCGCUGCCGUGCUUAAGGAAAGGCUGAAGCGGACUGCAUCACAAGCGUCAUUGUCUAGUACAAACGGUGAACAGGACAAGGACAGUCAAGAUAACACGGACAACGGCAGUGUCAUUGGAUCUCCGACCGUCCUAGGAAAGCGGAAGGCCGAUGUGUUAGAUGAGAGUGAAGGCACUCCGGGACGUUCCACUCCACUCGCCCCAUCUACUCCCAAGGGUUUGAUAGAAAACCCACCUCCGGAUACGGUUCGAUUGUGGGAGGAGGGCUAUCAAGAUCGCUAUUACGAACAAAAGUUUAAGGUAGAUCCAAGGGAUCUCGAAUUUCGCCGCAAAGUUGCCAACGCGUACGUCGAAGGUGUUUGCUGGGUGCUGCUUUACUAUAUGCAAGGAUGUGCUUCAUGGGGCUGGUAUUACCCUUAUCACUACGCCCCUUUCGCUCAAGACUUCGUGGACAUUGCAAACCUGAACAUCAAAUUUGAAAAGGGAACGCCAUUCCGUCCGUACGAACAGCUCAUGUCUGUCCUUCCCGCAGCAUCAAGACAUGCAAUACCUGAGUUAUUCCAUCCGUUAAUGACGGAGGAAGAUAGCCCGAUAUAUGACUUUUAUCCGACUGACUUCGAGUUGGACCUAAAUGGAAAGAAAUUCGCCCAUCAAGGAGUCGUACUCCUUCCCUUUAUUGAUGAGCAACGUCUGCUAAAGCACAUGCACGAGCUAUACCCCCAACUGACGGAGGAUGAGAAAGUCCGAAACGACGUUGGCAAGGAACAUCUAUACUUCUCCACGAAGCACCCAAUGUACAAGGAGUUGGCGCUCAACUGGUAUACCAAGAAGCAAGGUGCAGCUAAGAUCAACCUAAAGCCGAGGACGAGCCUAGGAUUACUAGGAAAGGUUGAAAAAGACGAAAAUUAUAUCCCUGACAGUGGAUUAUAUUUCCCUUUGUCCAGCGCAAGCAUGCCGAACCUGGAGGUUGAUAAUUCAAUGAGUGUAAUCUACGAGAUGCCAAAAUCCACCCAUAUACAUAAGUCUAUGCUGCUUCGUGGGGUUAUACUACCACCAGCUGAGCUUACGAGGGAGGACCUGCAAACUGUUCACAACAAGGCCGGAAUGACGGGCCGUAAUUUUGGUGGCGCACCUCUACGUGACAGCAGUGGAGGACGCAUCAACUACGCUAAUCCAAUUUCUCAACAUCUGAACCCAAACUUCGAUCCGAGCCAGUUUACUCGUGCACCUCCACCGCCCCACAUCGCAGCUCAGAUGGGCUUCGUUCCUCCACCGCCUCCCAAUUGGACCGGUCCCCCUGUGGGAGGACAUGGUGGCAAUCCUUAUUCAAGCAGGAGCUAUCAAAAUAAUCAGGGCUACCAAGGAGGACAGAACUACAACAGUGGAUACCGUGGCGGUAGUAAUCAAGGAUACGAUGGAUACUGGGGCAAUGGUAAUCAGGCUUACGAUAACCGGUACCAAAACCAAUACCCUCCUCCCCCAAUACCUCCACAACAAGGAUACAAUGGCUAUGGGAUGGGGAACAGGGAUCGUAGGGAUGGCUAUAACGAUGGGUACCGCGGCGCCCGAGGUGGCAGAGGCGGUCCACCACGGUACUAGCGUUUCAAUUGUGUAUAUAGUGUCCACACAAAUGUAUCAUAGCGCUCCUCGUUCUACGGGGGCAUUUGCACGACAUUGUUUACCUCCUGGCUUUGCUGAUAACAUUGCCGUGCAAGCUGCAGGCGAUUCAAAAUGUCAGGCAUGAGAUUGUACACAUCAAGUACGUACCUUUUGACGACCG